AUGUCCAACCUAACAUCAAAUGACACCUCUCUGCAACCUUCCCCUAAGGAUCCUAUACCAUGGAGAGUAGAGACUGCCUUAUGUGUCAUCACCGUCCUCUUCUGUGUCCUUGGGCUGGUCGGAAACACCAUCGUCAUGUUCUACUUCUGUUUCAGAAUUAAACUUAGCCAGUCAACAGUCUACAUCCUGAACCUGGCCGUGGCCGACUUCCUGUUCUCGGCCGGAUGCUGUAUUUUUUUUAUAUACCUCCUGUGCCUAUUCAAUGGCGUGGCCACCUCUGCUGAGAGUAAAAGCGCCAUGGCUAAAUUUGGAGAACUGCUGAUCAGUUUUACAUAUAACGCAAGCCUCCUUUUCCUUGUGACUCUCAGCUGUGAACGGUGCCUCUUGGUCUGUUUCCCCCUUUGGUAUAAAUGCCGGCGGCCGACCUACCUCUCGGCCAUAUUGAGCGCCGUUAUGUGGGUCUUUUCCCUUCUGAUAACGGUAUUGGAACGUUUUCUAAUACCGGAUCACCGCUCUACAGUUUAUAUUGUGACAUCCGCCGUGUUCCUCCUUCUCACUCUCCUCAUGGUUGGUUCCAGCGUGGUCUUUCUCAUACAGAUCCAGAAGUCAUCAGCACAUUGUCGUCCCUUGAAGCUGUACAUUGUGGUUGUCGCCGCCAUCAUAAACUAUCUCAUCUCACUGGCUCCAUCCAGAAUUUUAAGAAUGGUGUUUUUUUUGGCUAUUGUACCAACAUCCUACAUGAGAAUUAUCUCCAUCAUUGUGAUCUGUCUGUGUUCAGCAUUCAACUCUGCUGCCAACCCAUACAUAUACAUUAUUGUCGGCAGGUGGAAGAAGAAGAUCUCCACUAAACAGGCCUUGGAAUUGGCCUUCAGGGAGGAUUCACAACAGACGUCCGAGGAGAACAUCACAAUGGGGAGUCAACGGUCUGAUUCUGAAAGCAAACCAGAGGCCCCAGAGCUAGACAGUAGCAGAAGCUUGUAG